UUUUGAGCUCCAAUUUCACCUCUCCUCAUCCGUGAUGCGAAUGGAGUUGGCUUCUGGAUUCCUUCUUCCUCGUUUGAACUGUUCCUGAGAAAAGUGACAGAAGCCAUGAAUUGGGUGAGGCAGGGAGUGUUGGUUUCUUUUGGGAGGCAGAUGCAUACUUAUGAUGGGCCAAGUGAAAGCUUGAAGACAAAGAUUGCCCAGUUGGGGAAAAUGAGGAAGAGAAAAAGCUCAAAGAAAGAUAAACAAACAGUGUUCGUUGAGGUUCCGGAGCCUAUGACCUACCUAGACACAGCCACUAUGCCCCAGAUUCUCACUGCUGUUGGAAUAGCCCUCUUCGCCAAGCUCCUCAUGAUGUAUGAUGACUCAAGAUCACAAGAAUUGAUUGAACGCAAAAUAAAGAAUGCUCCUGCUGAGCAAGGCACUGUUAGGAUGCUCACUCGCGAGGAAUGGGAAGAAAUUCGUGAAGUGAGGCCAAGGACUCCAUUUGAAUCCAAGCUGGCUCGUCCAAAUGCACGGAUAAGAACUGGAGAACCAGUACGCAUGGAGGAUUUGAAGGAUUGGACAAUUGAUGUGCUCACAGAUGCAUUUGCUCGGGUUGAGGAGAGUGUUAGGCACGGUUCCAAUUGACUUGUUCCCCAUCUUCAGAGUGAUGUUACAUGGUGAGGAUUGAUUUCAUGGAGAUAUUGAUUAUCCAUAAUAUCAACAACCCUAUACAAUGCCUGCUUAGGCGAAAUUCUGCAGAUCAGUAGCCAUUGCAUCAAAUUACUUACCAGCCUACUGGACGUAGCAUCUAUGAGAAUCCUCUGAAAUAAUAUCUUGCAGUCUUCUGAUUCAAUUUCUUCUUCUUGUUAUAAACCACAUGGUUGUGGUGGUUGCUAACAUCUAGAACUUUAUAAUGUCAGUUUGCAAUGUCUUCACUGAGUCCAAUGGGUUCCAAUAAAAGAAAUGAUUUUAUUCAGUUUUUA